GAUGGGCAACGAGCAGAGCAGCCACAAGAGCCGCAAGGACCGCGACGGCCACGACCGCGCCAGCCGCCAGGCCACGCCGCAGCCCACGCCCGCCGCCGCCGCACAACCACCGCCGCCUGCACCCGCCGCGACGCCGCCGCCCAGCGAGGCGCAUGCGAUUCCGCUCGACGCCCCCAGCGACGCCCACCCCAUUGCCGCCGUCCCUGCCGUCCCUGCCACUCCUGCCGCCGCCCAAGCCAUCCCCGCCGCUCAUGCCAUCCCCAUUGACGCGCCGCGCGCCCGCGCCGAGGUCGCCAUCGCGGGCUCACUCGAGCCGGCCGACGCCUCGGACUACAUCGUGCCGUCGUCGCACUUCAGCCGGCCGCCGCGCCUGCCGCUGCCCAUCGAGGAGGAGCUGCACACGCCGGGCUCGCCCAUCAUCGCGCCGACGGGCAUUGGGCCCGAGACGCUCGACCAUGGCGAGGUCGAGGGCGUGCUGCCGCGCCGCACCUCGAUGCUCAGCAGCACCACCGCCGACGACGACGACCUCGGCGAGGAGUUCAAGGUCCCCACGCCCGGCCGCCCGACCGUGCCCACGCUCGUCGAGUGGGAGGGCGCCGGCGACCGCGUCUAUGUCACCGGCACGUUUGCCGGCUGGAAUCGCAAGUACCGUCUGCACCAGAAUGGUCCCAGCAAGAAGGAAAAUGUCCUCUCCGCAUACGUCCCCAUCCACCCCGGCACCCACCACCUGAUGUUCAUCGUCGACAACGACAUGAUGAUCUCAGACAAGCUGCCCACAGCCGUCGACUACACAAACAUCCUGGUCAACUACCUCGAGGUCUCGUACGACGAUAUCAAGGACCAGCAGGCCGCCGGCGCAGCAGCAAAGCCUGCAGACACGCCGGCCUCCACAGAUGACCAGCCCGCAGCCCAGCCCCCACAGGACCCGCCCUCCUCCCAAGUGCCCCUGGUCAAGCCCCCCGGCGCCGAGAUCCCCAACACCAAACUCCCCGAGCCGGAGAAGCGGUACCACUCCAAGAUCCCCGCCUACCUGCUGGACCUCGACGCCCCUGACGAGUCGUCGCGGUUCGCCCGCGCGAACGCUGCAACCGGCAACUUCCCCACGCCCCCGAGUCUGCCCAUGUUCCUGAGCAAGAGCAUCUUGAAUGGAACUACGCCGAUGAAAGAUGACAGCAGCGUGCUGAUUAUGCCGAAUCACACAGUGCUUAACCACCUGGCGACGAGCAGCAUCAAGGACAAUAUCCUGGCUACGAGCGCGACAACGCGGUAUAAACAGAAGUUCCUGACGACGAUCAUGUACAAGCCGAAGGAAGAGCACGGAGAGGUUUACUGAGGCGGAGAGCGCUGAUGCUAGAAAGGGGAUGCUGGUGCUUCGGCACAGGACAGAAGUCGAUCUCUCACCUGCUUCGGGCAGGUUUUUGUGUUUUAGCGUUCCGGUGCGAUAUGGAUGAGUUUCACGAAAUACCCCGGCCCGGCACGGAAGGCGAUCUGGACGGCAUACAUACAUAUAUACAUACUUACUUACAGCUUGGCUGAGAUGCUCGUCUCCCAAGCACGGCACGGGUGCUGUGUGCCUGUUGUGCAAUGAAACGCGUUCUGCGAAUGAGUUUGGUUGAGAAUUGAUGAAAUAGACGUAAUGGUUGAGAAGUGAUGGAACAGACGUGAGGUUUAGAAGUGCUAGGACAGACGUGAUAGUUAAGAAGUGAUAGGACAGACAGGAUAGCUCAGAAGUGCUGGAACAGACAU